UCGCUACUGUCCAGCAUCGACAUGCCUGAACCAGCCAAGUCCGCGCCCAAGAAGGGCUCCAAGAAAGCCGUGACCAAGACCGCCGGCAAAGGAGGCAAAAAGAAGAAGAGGACCAGGAAGGAGAGCUACGCCAUCUACGUGUACAAGGUGCUCAAGCAGGUCCACCCCGACACCGGCAUCUCGUCCAAGGCCAUGAGCAUCAUGAACUCGUUCGUCAACGACAUCUUCGAGCGCAUCGCCGGAGAAGCUUCUCGCCUGGCUCACUACAACAAGCGCUCCACCAUCUCUUCCCGGGAGAUCCAGACCGCCGUGCGUCUGCUCCUCCCUGGUGAGCUGGCCAAGCACGCCGUGUCUGAGGGAACCAAGGCUGUCACCAAGUACACCAGCUCUAAGUAAA